AUGUUCCUGCGACGACUUGGUGGCUGGCUACCUCGCCCCUGGGGCCGCCGGAAACCAAUGAAACCUGACCUGCCUGCCCCAGAACCCAGACCAGUGGACAGCUCCUCUGAGAAUUCAGGGAGUGACUGGGAUAGUGCCCCAGAAACCAUGGGAGAUGUGGAGCCUCCCAAGGCCAAAGACCCAGGGGUACGGAGGAGCUGUGGGGCUGCUCCACAGCCAAGCAGGGAGUCCCAAGAUGAGCAACUGGGAAGCAAAAGAAUGGAUUCCCUCAAGUGGGACAAGACUAUCUCUAACACUCAAGAGUCUGGGAGACUGGAGACUGGAGAGACCAUUCCCAAACUUGGACGGGAUCCUGUGGACUCAAGUGGCACCAGGAGAUCUGGAGUGUCCCCUGAAGGGGGACUGAGCCCCACCGGGCCUGAAGCCCCAGUGGAGAAGCCAGGGCGGCAUCAGAAACUGCUGGGCUGGCUACGGGGGGAUCCAGAUGGGGGAGCAGGGGCUCCCUUGCAGUACCUGGGGGGCCCAGAGGAGUGUCUGCAGAUCUCAACCAACUUGACUCUGCACCUGCUGGAGCUGCUGGCCUCAGCACUGCUGGGGCUGUGCUCAAGGCCUCUGAGGGCAGCUUUGGACGCGUUGGGCCUGCGUGGACCCGUGGGCCUCUGGCUGCAUGGGCUGCUGUGCUUCCUGGCUGCCCUGCAUGGGCUCCAUGCUGUGUUGAGCCUACUUACUGCUCACCCCCUGCACUUUGCCUGCCUCUUUGGUCUCCUACAGGCCCUAGUGCUGGCUGUCAGCCUCCGGGAGCCCAGUGGGGAUGAGGAGGCCACUGACUUGGAGGGUGAGAAGUUGGAGAGGGAGGGUGAGGAGUGGAGGGGAGAUCCGGGAAAGGGGCUGUGACUGCGGGAUAGGGGGUGACCGUAGUGCCCCCACCCUGAGUGGGGUGGGAGCAAGGGUGAAGAUAGUGUGGCCUUUAGGAGGAGAGUGGGGGUCAUGACCCAGAUUGUAAGCACAGGGACCUCAGGGAUGGGGAAUAAACCCCAGGGUAUGAGGGCAUAGGGCCCCCCCUUCACACACAGGGGAGAAUAGAGCUGUUUAGGGUAUCUGUUUAUGGACAAUGGGGAUAUUGCCCUUGAAUUCACCAGCUGUUGUUACUUUUUGCUUUUACGUUUCCCCCACUUUCGUUUUUUUUCUUUCCACCUCUACUUUUUAAAAGAAAAAAAAAAAGUGUGGUGGUGACAAAUAAAGACUAAAGGGUCCUCUUUACCUUUCAAAACUACCCAGGGCUGGAGGAGACCAGAGGCAGGACAGACAGACCUCUGACUAGGGUUAGAGGGUGGUUGGAGCCCCAAAGGAUCCCCUUAGAUCUUGGGAUCUGAGCCAUCUAGAGGAGAAUGGGACUGUUCUGUGGGUGGAUUAGGGGGUGUAGAUAGGGACCCCAGGUGACAGGGAGCCUGCAGGGAGGGUCUGGGUGUUCCCAGGAGCCAGGGGAAGUGGGAAUGGUGCAGGCAGUAUUGGAAGGAGGGCCAGUUCAGUGGGACUGGCAGCUCAGACAGGCAGUAUGGGGAAGCAUUGGAGCUUGCAGUCUCCACUCUGGGGUUAGGGGUUAGGGGUUUGCACACUCAGCAAUAAAUAACUGUGUCACACCAAAUCCUAAAUAUAUCACUACAAAGUGA